UCCAAAACAACAUAGCCCCAGCGAGGGACGAGUUCGAACCAGCUCUCUUGUCCGAGCGAAAUGUGAUGGUGUUUUCUGGCGUUCAGCUUCGAAGCCUUGGUCGUACAGAUGUUCAUUUACGCCGGGAGUGUGCCACGGAGAUUCACGGUGAUUGGAGAAAGUGCUCUGAAUAAGUUUGGUGUUUUUUAUCGAUUGUCGGAGAAGAAUUGAUCACGAGCGGUGUAAAACGUGUCCAGAUGGCGACCGCGUGAAGGGCUCCGGGCAACUCCCCUGCACCAAGCACGCGAUUCCAGCCACACCUCACGCCCUCGGCCCCGUCACCAUUCCACCCCACCGCUCUCGCACCAUGUCGGACUCCGAGGACGAGGCGGUCGAGAGGCAGGUCAAGAUCGUCCUCGUAGGUCCUCCUCAGGUUGGCAAGACGUCGUUGGCGCUGCGGUACACCCAAGACACGGUCAACAAGGGCUAUCAGGCAUCGAUGGGGGUAGACUUUUACUUAAAACGCCUCGUGCUCGGGAGUGAGAGGAACGUCAAUGUCCAGAUAUGGGAUGUCGCUGGUUCGUCGCUGGCUGGCAAGAUGACUGACAAGUACCUCUACGGCGCCCACGCGAUCAUGAUGGUCUACGACGUGACCGUGAGCCACACCCUCGACUCGCUGCAGGACUGGGUCGCCGCCGCCCGCAGAGCAGGUCGGGCGCAGGAGAGGCCGCCCAUCCUCGCCCUGGUGGCUAAUAAGGCUGACCUCGAGCACACGCGGCAGGUGAAGAGCGAGAGACACCACAGGUUCGCCAGCGAGUACGGAAUGGUGUCAUAUGUUGUGUCAGCGAAAACGGGCGAGGGAGUGGCACUCGCGUUCCAGAAGGUCGCCGCGGAGCUCCUGGGCGUGCGUCUAACGAAAGCUGAGCAGGAGCAACAGCAGCCGGUCGUCACGGCGGAGAUCGUCACAUACCAAGAGGGAGCGAUUCCAAAAAUUCCCGGUCCUGCCACUAAUUCCAGUUCUACCGUGUGUAGUGUCAUGUAGUUUUCGCCAAUCUCCUUUUACGUUUUCUUUCCUAAACCGUUUGAUCUCUUGUCUCUUCAAUGGUAUUUCAACACUGAGAUAUAUUAGAUAGAUUUUGUUAAUGAAUCUGACUGGUGUUACGGAUGAUUUUUGAGGAUGAGUCAGCUUUGGAAAAGAGCAUUGAUCGCGUUUUCUGUGAUCGCUUUGUUGGCAGACCAUGGGAUUCGGUAAGGAGCGGUCACACUAGUCUUGUCUAUUCGGGGAUCCCCCUACAGACCGCGAUACAUACCCUGAUAUGUGAGUUACCGAGAUGCAAAUGUGCCUAUUCGGGGAUCCCCCGCUGUACGCGUUUAGUGUGAUCGUUGUUUUAAUGGUUGCUUGCAAUUAGGGACACUUUACACUUGGGCAUUCUCUCGCCUUUUAUUUGCCUCUGCCUCUGUAUGUCUAUCUGUCUGUAACUCUCUCUCUCUCUCUCUCUCUCUCUCUCUCUCUCUCUCUCUCUCUCUCUCUCUCUCUCUCUCUCUCUUUCUCUCCCACUUCGCCAGGCGUUAUUUCGUACGACCUGUAGUACAGCUGUUGUAAAAAGGUAAAUAAUAAUUUUAGAGUUAGUGACAAGAAAACAAAUACAAGGAUGUCACACUUCCAAUACACUAAAUCUGAUACACACAUUCGAGGCACAAAAUGUAUCAUUUCUAUAGAUAAAUCGUGUAUUUUGAAAGAAAAGCUGUACAUUGGAAUGACACGUGCUGUAUGUAGAAUAUACAUUAGUUAUCUAUUGUGUGGUUUAUUUGAUGUAUCUUUCUUCUUAAAGGUACAUCGAGUGUUAUUAAUGUCCAUGUAAAUAUUAUAAGUGACCCAUUUGUUAAUGCAUAUUGUAUUCGUCUAGAUGUGCGUAUAUACAUAU